CUCUAUCCGGCGGCUGCCGCUGCGCGUAAUUGUCCUUAGUUAAUUUAUGACAAAAUUACAGCUAAAAAUAAACCCAAAAUUUUGCAGAAGUGCUUGAUGUUUCCGCUUGAGCGUUACCAUCCGGUAAGCGCUAAAGAAGGACUGUCGACCACGUCAGCCAUCCCUGGGUUGAUUUCGGAACACCUGGGCGCAGAACGUUGGACGUCAUUUAAAUAGAGGGUGAAAAAAACGAACGAAACAAGCAGUGGAUAAGUUUUACCAUUUGAGUGAAAGGAUAUCAAACGUUACACAAAGGAGUGUAUGUUUUUGGACUGAAUUUUCCGCCAGCAACAACGACGAGCUAGAUCUGAAACACAAUGCAAAUCCCAUACAUGAAGGUGGCGAUUUAUUCGCUCACAUUCCUAACGUACGCCUACACCGGCUACGGAUCGAACAUGAUUGCUAACCUGCGUGAUGCCAUCAUCGCUGCCGAAGCCGUCUUCGGUGACGUGAUGAAAAAUGUGAUGCAUGUGGCGAAGAAGUUCAAAGUCGUCCACGAAGUGUUUGACGCGGCCGUAGAAGAAAAUUGUGUGUACAAAUGUCCUGGAGAUAUAACACCGACGAAGAAUAAAUUCUAUGUGCCCCAGUCGGACGGUUGUGGAUCGCUGGGGAUGAAAAUCAGUACCGAAUAUUUGCCCGCGGUUGAGAUGGAACAGUGCUGCAAUUCCCACGAUAUCUGCUACGACACGUGCAACAGCGAUAAGGAACUCUGCGACUUGGAUUUCAAGCGAUGCCUCUACAAAUACUGCGACGAGUACGAAAAGAACGUCGUUGGUGAUAUCGUUGUUAAAGGAUGCAAAGCAGCAGCAAAAAUGCUCUUCACCGGGACAAUCACACUAGGCUGCAAAUCGUACCUGGACUCGCAAGCACGGUGUUGCUAUUGUCCACCGGAAAAGCCGGAAGGUAAACCGGACGCAAAGUACACCGACAACAAGGGUCCGAAGGACUACAGCAGGGACAAAGACAAGGGGAAGGACAAAAACAAGUACGGCUGGAAGGACCUGUAGAUUGGCUGGGUCUCAUGCAGGCAGCUGAAGAGAGUAGGGAGAAAAUUCGAGUCUGUACAACACUGUGAUUAGAUUAGCGACGCUUUGCGGCCUCGCAUUGGUUACCAACCUUGCGGAAUAAAAGAAUAU